AUGGUCGCUGAGGGGGCGUGCCCUGGGCCCGGCCCCCACGUGCUCGCCGGCGCUGCAGAAGCGGCGCAGCGGAUGGAGGCGGUGGCGGCAGCGUCUCCGGCCCCGGUUCCGACCCAGGUGUCGGCUCCGGGAAGGGCUCGAUCGGUUCAACCCCAGCCCCCAGCGCAACCUCCAGCCCAGCCCAAGAACCGGGAGCUCUUCAGGAGCCAGCGGAAAGAGUCUGAGGGCUCAGUGGACUGUCCCAACCUGGAGUUUGAAUACAGGGACACUGAUGGGCAUGGAGCUGAGCUAGCAGAGCUCUACAGCUACACUGAGGAGCCUGAGCUCAGCACCAACAGGAGAUGCUUCGAGGAGGAUUUUCACACUCAAGUGCAGGGCAAGAGGUGGCUGGAGCUGGAUGGGGGUCAGCAAAAGGCCUAUGUCAUGCACCUGCUGGAUGGGCUGGAGGUGGUCAACAGGGACAAGCGGCUCAAAGUAGCACGAGCCAUCCUCUACCUGGCACAAGGUGUCUUUGGAGACUGUGAUAAUGAAGGUGAUGUCCUGCACUGGUCUCGGCACAACAGCUUCCUCCUGUACCAGCUGGGAACGUUUACUGCCUUCCUGGAGCUGCUCAACAUGGAGAUUGACAACAGUCAGGCCUGCAGCAGUGCCCUACGGAAGCCAGCCAUCUCACUAGCCGACAGCAUGGAGCUCAGGGUGCUGCUCAGUGUCAUGUACCUGAUGGUGGAGAACAUCCGUGUGGAGCAGGAGGAGGAACCCCCUGAAUGGAAAACCUGCCGGGAGACCUUCAGGAUGGAGCUGGGUUUUCCUGUGCACAGUGAUGAGCCAUUUGCUCUUAUGCUCUUCACGAUGGUGACCAAGUUCUGCAGUGGCCAUGCUCCACACUUCCCCAUGAAGAAAGUUUUGCUCUUGCUCUGGAAGGUGCUUCUGUUCACGUUAGGUGGAUUUGAAGCCCUGCAAGCAAUGAAGGUGAGGAAGAGGGAGGAGCUGGGGCUGCCACCCUUGCCAGAGGACAGCAUCCAGGUGAUGCGCAGCAUGCGGGCAGCUUCGCCUCCCACAUACUCCAUCGAGCUCAUGGAGCAGCAGCAGCAGAAGCGUGGUCACCGUAGCCGGAGGCCCCUGGUGAAACAAGACAGUUUGGACAUCUACAACGAGAGAGACCCCUUCAAGAAUGAUGAAGCAGGAGUUGAUGAAGAGGAAAAUGAUGACGUGGACAGUGGGAUAGAGGGGGAACUGGACCUGAUGGAGCGGGACACAAUUAUUUCUGCGAUGCCUGCUCAUCGCCCGUCUAUUGAGAGGGUGUCAUUCCCCAAAGGGCUCCCUUGGGCCCCCAAAGUCAGACAGAAAGACAUCGAGCAUUUCCUGGAAGCCAGCAGGAACAAAUUCAUUGGAUUCACGUUGGGACAAGACACUGAGACCCUGAUAGGGCUACCACGACCCAUCCAUGAGAGCGUGAAGACACUGAAGCAGCACAAGUAUGUUUCCAUCUCAGAUGUCCAGAUCAAGAAUGAAGAGGAGCUGGAGAAGUGCCCCAUGUCUCUGGGGGAAGAGGAAGUCCAAGAAACCCCUUGUGAGAUCUUGUAUCGAGCAAUGUUGUACAACCUCCCCCAGUACAUGAUAGCUUUGCUGAAGAUCCUCCUUGCUGCAGCGCCCACCUCCAAAGCCAAGACCGACUCCAUCAACAUCCUGGCAGACGUGUUGCCUGAAGAGAUGCCCAUCACCGUUCUUCAGAGCAUGAAACUGGGGAUUGACGUCAACAGGCACAAAGAGAUCAUCGUGAAGAGCAUCUCAGCUGUCCUGCUGCUGCUCCUCAAGCACUUCAAGCUGAACCACAUCUACCAGUUUGAGUAUGUGUCCCAACAUUUGGUGUUUGCCAACUGCAUCCCACUGAUCCUGAAGUUCUUCAACCAGAAUAUCAUGUCUUACAUCACUGCCAAAAACAGCAUCUCUGUCCUGGAUUAUCCACACUGCACAGUCUGUGAUUUGCCUGAGCUCACAGCAGAAAGCCUGGAGGCUGGAGACAACAACCAGUUCUGCUGGAGAAAUUUGUUCUCCUGCAUUAACUUGCUGAGGAUCCUCAACAAGCUGACCAAGUGGAAACACUCAAGGACGAUGAUGCUGGUAGUCUUUAAGUCAGCCCCAAUACUGAAGCGAGCUCUGAAGGUGAAGCAGGCCAUGAUGCAGCUCUAUGUCCUCAAGCUAUUGAAGAUCCAGACCAAAUACCUGGGGCGCCAGUGGAGAAAGAGCAACAUGAAAACCAUGUCUGCCAUUUACCAGAAGGUGCGGCACCGCAUGAACGACGACUGGGCGUACGGCAACGAUAUCGAUGCCAGACCAUGGGAUUUCCAGUCUGAAGAAUGCACCCUGAGAGCCAACAUUGAAGCCUUCAACAGCCGGAGAUAUGACAAACCUCAAGACUCAGAGUUUGCACCAGUGGACAACUGCCUGCAGAGCGUGUUGGGACAGAGGCUGGAGCUCCCUGAGGACUUCCACUACUCCUAUGAGCUCUGGCUGGAGCGGGAGGUGUUUUCCCAGCCCAUUCGCUGGGAAGAGCUGCUGCACUACCAGUGA